AUGGCAGCUAGCCCGAGCAUACAGCUCACUCUCGAUUCCAUUAUAGAUUCUUCAGAUCCAGCUCAGCCACCUGCCGAUGUCGAAGCUACAGCCAGCGCAACGCAGGAUGACUCGGCUCCUCCGUCCGUAGGCGGGGGCGGCGGCGGCGAGGGAUCGGACGCUGGCUCCACCCAGCCCAAACGCAAGCGGACUCGGAAACCCCUCCCCAAAGGCUCCGCGGCCGAUUUCAAGCGAAAAGAGGCCAAUCGCCUCGCGGCCGAACGAUCUCGCUCCCGCGUCGCUGAGAAGCGUAUCGCCCUCAACAAGGCAUAUGCGCUGCUCAAGACGGAGCACGAUGGUCUGGCGGAGGCGAUAGCGGAGAUUGAGGCGGUAGCGAACGAGGCUACGGCGGAGAUUGAGCGUAAAGCCAGGGAGGAACGGGAGCAGCGUGAGCAGCGCGAGGUGGAAGCCCAGGUGGAGGCGGCGAUUGCGGUGGCGCAGCAAGAGAUGGAGAGUGGUGGCGGGGAGAGGGAUGAGAGGAGUAUUCUCCAGGCACUGAUGUCGGGCGGCAUGGGGAUGGAGGCGUUUGAUGGCGUAGGCGACGAUUGGGUCCAGGGCGUCGAGAAUCUCAUGAAGGAGGUGGAGACGUCUGGGCGCCUGGGGGAGCUGGCGGCGGUAGCGGCUGUGCCUGCUGAUCAGGAGGAGGAGCAAGCGCAGGAGCAGGCGCAGGAACAGGAACAGGCGCAGCACGACCUGGCUAUCGACCCGCAGUUGAUGGAGCCUGCGCCGCCGGCCGAGAGGGAAGUUCCAGCGGAGGACAAGGGCGAGUCGGAGGAUACUCUGGGCAAGUUCGCCGAAGAGCUCCUCGACGACAAGAUCGACCUCAACCUCCCCCAGAAAAUGCACGAAUUCAGCUACAACUCGGCCGAAGCGGCUUCGGCUACCGCCAGUGCCGUCGCGGUCGUCCUCAAUGCCGAAAUCGAAAAGUCUGUCCGGGACGAGGUGGCGCUCGCUCGCGCGGCGGUAGCGCGGAUCGGAAAGGAGAUCGCCAAGGCGAACGGCGAGGAUGUGGAGGUCGCCGAUGGGUCGGUGAUACUGCCAGAGGAUAUCUCUACGUCUAGCCAAGAAGCGGUCGAUGGCCUUUUGGUCACAGUAGACGAAAAGCGGAUGGCGCUAGAGACGGAAGUCGAGCUGCUGAGAGCACGAGUGUUGGUGGCGAGGCAGGCCAAAGGCGCCGAGGAGGAUAAAGUGGCCAAGUGUGUGGAAGAGCUACAUCGGAUAGCGAUGGCGGUGGAUGAGGAGGAGCGCGGGAAGAUUAUGGAGAUAUUAAAGUCUAUACGCGGUCAUAUCGGGAAUAAUAUCUGGGGACUGGAAGAAGAGCCUACUCCGGAUGACACCCUCCACGGCACGGCCUUCUCUACAUCAGCCAUCGCCCGGCGGCGUCGUGGCCGACCCCCGAAGAACAGCUUCCCUCUUCGAUACAACCACGCCUCCAUGAUCUAUCCUACCCUCCCUCUCGACUCUCCCAUCUCCACCGCCAACCUCAUUCCCGAUACCUCGGGUCCCCAAAAACGCAAACGCGCGCCGCCCGGACUACACGCCAAAAACAAGCUCGCCCGCGAAGCGGCCGCCGCGGCUGCCGCUGCGGCCUCAGCUAUCGGUCCGGUCGACACCCUCUCUGCGGCCGGGGCGGAAGAGUACAUCUUGUCCCAUCUGAACGCAACAGCGGCGAGCCAGGCAUCUGGGCAGAGGGAGGGUCCGGAUGGACUCCCCCUGGAUCCGGCUUUCCAGAGUGAAGAGUGGACGGAGGCGGUGUUGGCAAAGUUGAAGAAGGGCGGACCGGGGAGUUGCGAUAUUUGCGCGAGAACAGAGACGAGUGUGUGGAGGAAGAUUCUUGUUGGCGGGGAAGAUUAUAGGGUGUGCAACGCCUGUGGCCUAUACCAUCGUAAAUUCGGCGUCAUCCGUCCGCCUUCACUGUGGGGAGAUGGCGAAGCGGUCAAAAAGCGCCGGGCGGCCAACGGACCAGAGGACGGCCGUCGGAAUCGCAAAGUCAAAAAGAUGCUUCAAAACGCCGACGAAAUGAAAGAACAAGCGCAGGCAGAGGCGGAAGGAGCGGCAGAGGCGGGUCCUAUAGAUCCCGCCAUCAUCGCUGAGGGGGAACCGUCCGCGCUGGCGGUACCCGAGGCGAACGGACCAGGUGCGCUAGGAGAGGAUGAGGAGGAUAUGGGGGAGGGAUUGGGGAUGGGGAAUGAAGAGAUGAUGCGGCUGGCAAAAGCAGGAGAUGCGCUGAAUGCCCUCGAAGGGUCUAUGAGGGAUGAUGGGUUGGAAGGCGGAGUGGGGAUGGGUGAGGCGCCACAUGUGGAUAUGGAUGAGACGGGGUUUGAGACGAUUGAGGAAGAGUUGCGGGGGUUACAUGGGGAGGGGCUCUUUGCGGGCAUGGAGGAGUCAUGUGUUGUACGCUAG